GGUGCUAAAGCACCCUAAAUUUCUUAAAUGUAAUGGACUGUCCGCCAGGUAUUAGUUGGAGACGCACCAAUGCUGAUCCGCCACCAAGCUGCCUGACUCCGUGACUCUCCCGCAAAGUGUCUGGUCCAACACUCAGACGUGGCUCUGGAUUCCCAUCUCCCCAUAUAAACCAUUUCUUCUACAGAAAAAACUCACGAUCACAAAGCACAGAGCUUGAAACAAUGGCAGGAAGUGGAGUGUUUGCAGAGAUAGUGGAUAGAGAUGGUGUAUUCAAGUAUUACUCUGAUGGGAUGUGGAAGACUUCAUCAUCAGGGAAGUCAGUGCCCAUCAUCAACCCCACAACUAGAAAGACUUACUUCAAAGUUCAAGCUUGUACCCAAGAAGAGGUAAAUAAGGUCAUGGACACAGCAAAAAUAGCUCAGAAAUCAUGGGCUAGGACUCCACUUUGGAAAAGAGCUGAGUUACUCCAUAAAGCAGCUGCAGUGUUGAAAGAGCACAAAGCUCCCAUUGCAGAGUGCCUUGUCAAAGAGAUUGCAAAACCAGCUAAGGAUGCAGUGACAGAAGUUGUUAGGUCAGGUGAUUUGGUGUCAUACUGUGCUGAAGAAGGUGUUAGGAUUCUUGGAGAAGGAAAGUUUCUGGUAUCUGAUAGUUUUCCAGGAAAUGAAAGGACCAAGUAUUGCCUCACAUCAAAGAUACCCUUGGGAGUUGUUUUGGCCAUUCCACCCUUCAACUAUCCUGUUAAUCUUGCUGUUUCAAAAAUUGCCCCUGCACUUAUUGCUGGGAAUUCUCUUGUACUGAAGCCUCCAACCCAGGGUGCCGUAGCUGCACUUCACAUGGUUCAUUGCUUUCAUUUGGCUGGUUUCCCCAAAGGUCUAAUCAGCUGUGUUACGGGAAAAGGUUCUGAGAUUGGUGACUUCCUUACAAUGCAUCCUGGGGUCAACUGUAUUAGCUUCACAGGUGGAGAUACUGGUAUUGCAAUUUCAAAGAAGGCAGGCAUGAUUCCUCUUCAGAUGGAGUUAGGUGGAAAGGAUGCUUGUAUCAUCCUUGAAGAUGCGGAUUUGGAUUUAGCAGCAGUUAACAUUGUGAAAGGAGGUUUCUCAUACAGUGGUCAAAGAUGCACAGCUGUGAAGGUUGUCUUGGUCAUGGAAUCUGUGGCCGAUGCUCUUGUUGAGAAAGUUAAAGCUAAAGUUGCAAAACUGACUGUUGGGUCACCGGAGGAUGACUGUGACAUCACCCCAGUUGUUACAGAAUCCUCUGCUAACUUCAUUGAGGGGUUAGUAAUGGAUGCCAAGCAGAAAGGGGCUACAUUCUGCCAAGAGUACAAGAGGGAAGGCAACCUUAUAUGGCCACUGUUGUUGGAUCAUGUUCGACCUGAUAUGAGAAUAGCCUGGGAGGAGCCCUUUGGACCAGUUCUGCCAGUAAUCAGGAUAUCCUCAGUUGAAGAAGGAAUCCAUCACUGUAAUGCAAGCAAUUUUGGUCUUCAGGGUUGCAUCUUUACAAGAGAUAUAAACAAAGCAAUUCUAAUUAGUGAUGCUAUGGAGACUGGAACAGUGCAGAUUAAUUCCGCUCCAGCACGUGGGCCAGAUCAUUUUCCUUUCCAGGGUCUGAAGGACAGUGGCAUUGGUUCCCAAGGAAUCACCAACAGUAUCAAUAUGAUGACAAAGAUCAAGAGCACUGUGAUUAACUUACCAACACCGUCUUACACAAUGGGUUAAAACAGGCAUGAAGCAAUUGCUUACUUGUUAUAUCUAUGUCCAUUCGAGUAUAUUUCACAAAUAAAAUGUCUUCCUGAGUUGCUAUCAAAGUCAAGUCAUCGGCAAAAUGGGGUUCUCUUGCUUUUUCUGGUUCCUUGCAAGGGAAGCAGGGGGAUGAGUCAUCUUCACUCGCACCUGUUGUAAUGUUCUUUCUGCCUUGUUAGUAAUAGGAAGGCCUUUAGUGAUAGAGAAUGUUAAAACCUUGACUUUAACGACGGAUAUUGGGACAUUCACGUUGAUGAAAGUUUACUGUGAUAAAUAAAGUCUUUUUCCAUGU